AUGUUGUUUCCCAGCAGUUUAGGAGAAGAAAGUGACAAUGAAAUUGAGGGGCAGCCAGCGAAUGCUUGGAAUGAUAGGUCCUCUUGCUUCAUUGAUCAGGAACACAUACGAUGUUUAUGUGACGAUUCCAAUGUGUGUCAUUGCGUAGCCAACCGGAAAUUAGACACGAAUGUUGUUCAGUGUAACAACGAACAAUCACUCAGACGUGGUACUGUAUGUAGUUAUUCGCAAGCGAUCAAGAGUCUGGACUCAAUCUGUGAUUUAAAGACCUCUUCAUAUGAUGAGAAAUCUCUUGCUCCAACAAUUAUCCACUGUUCCUGGGGUGAAACGUGUUCACGUAUUAAUUCCCCGAAGAUUGUGUCUCAGAUUAAUAGUUCCAGUGGUGACAAAGAAAUGAGUAUGGAACUGGUCUCAACUACCAUUGAAAAUUCGUACGAGUUGUGCGAAGAUGGUUCCAGAAGGGUGGUUUUAAAUCCUACAAAUAAUCACUCUGACACAUGCGAUGUUGCAAAAUCUCAGAAUUCCUUAAAUAUCAAGAGACGUGAAGAUGUAGAGUUCCAUGAAUUAACCCAGCCUUUAGCUUUCGAUUCAACUGGGGACUUGGAUGGACUUAUCCUGAAACCUGCUCCGCAGGGUGCUACAAUGCAUUGUUAUAUAACUCGAGACAAACGAGGUGUUGAUGGUGGAAUCUGUCCUUCGUAUUACCUCCAUCUCGAAAAGGAAGAUCGUAAGUUUUUCUUGUUGGCAGCUAGACGCCGUAAACGAUCGACAACUAGCAACUAUGUGAUAUCGUGUGAUGUCACCAAUUUAUCACGGAGUGCAAAGUGUUUAGCUGGCACACUGUGCUCUAACCUUUUAGGUACUCAAUUCACUGUAUAUGGCAAUGAAUGUAAAACAACAGAAAAUGAAAGUUAUAACCCCGAAAGUAAGAUGCAUAGCUACGUUGUGCCUGGAACAAGCGCUAAAACCCAAAAGUUGCAAGAGCCUGCUGCCAUUAUAUAUGUAUGUAUUUCUAUUCAUCAAUAAUCUUUGUUUUUAAACUGCUGAUUUUUUAACUGGUCAUUGUUACCAUAGGAACCUUCGAUUCUUUGAAUUAACUGCAUCAUGACCAAAGUAAAAAGUUUGUUCAAGCGAACUGCGGUAGUCAGAAGACUGAUUGCAUAUGACCGCGGAUCAUCAGAGAAAUCCUUGUAAUAGUAAAUUUAGGAAGAUGGCAUGAUAUUUUGUAGCCGAAAUGUCUUCUAUGUAUCUGUUGAUUGCUUAGACGGCUAACUGCAGAUAUCUUCAGUGAGAGAAAUAUUUCUUCUAACAAGAUUACAGUAAGAUUUAAUCAAAGUAAAUUUAAACAAAGCAAGAACAGCAAUUGUACCAGGUUAAUAUGAGCUUAUCUUUUAUUAUUUCGAGGAUUCUUCUCAACUGGUUACAACCUGAACGCUAAAAAUAUGAAUAACAUUACAUUAAAGAUUUGAACAUACUUUUCCACGAUCACAAGGAGUAAUUGGUAGGAAGUAAAAGUAACAUUACUCCGGAAUGAUUUAACUAAUUAAAAGUUACAAACACUGACUAUUUAUAGAAUAAUUAGACAAUUAGAAUUGGAAACAAAAACAGUUGCAU